AUGCGCAUGCGCGGGCCGCUCCGUCGACUUCCUGUGUGCACACAUCAUGUCUCACCCGCAUCCCUGAUUUUUUUUUUUCCCCUACGAAGGUAGGUGGUUGUCGAGCGAUCCCCGCACCGCCUUGUUUUUUGCCACUGUGUGCCUUAAACGUCGCGAUCGAAUGCCGAGCAACGACAAUCGACCACCGACGACCACGAUCAGCAACGGGAUCGCGGCCUAUUGCAAGAUCCCGGUCGACCUGAAACUACCAAGUGCCUUGCUGCAACAUCGAGGACCAAGGAUGCUCGGAGAUUGCUGAGUGUCUCCGAUGAGAUAUGAAUGGAGGCCCGGAGAAAUCGCCUCCCGCAUGGGAUCCCGAAGAAAGCAAUGUGGUAGAUUCAAAGAGAGACGAAGCUGCUGACGACGAGACUUUGCUGGCCAACCAGACGACCUGUUCGAGCGGAUCCAACGAUGCACCUUCGAAACCUGACAGCGAAAGCGGCACUGGCUCCACCGAGCUCUCUGCCAACGAAAGCCAGGAGGGCCUGCACGAUGAGGAUGGCCAGCGUGAUGCUGGACUGACCAGGAGGAAGUCUGCCUUGAUCGAGGCGGUGCGCAACCAGCGAGGCGACUACGUCUGCCCUGUGUGUGACGAGGUGACGGACUCGUCGCACGCCUUCACGCUGCACAUCCGGCAGCACAACCCGACGGACCACUCGCACACAUGCCGGCUGUGUGGCAAGACGCUGAGCUCGGCCAGUUCGCUCGACCGGCACAUGUUGGUGCACUCGGGCGAGCGGCCCUUCAAGUGCGCCGUCUGCCACAUGGCCUUCACGACCAAUGGCAACAUGCACCGCCACAUGCGCACCCAUUCGGUGCCCGAGGAGGCGGCCGACACCCUGCGCUCCCCCAAGGUGCCACUCAAGCGCAAGCCCUCCGUGGAAGUGGACACGCCCCCCCUGUCACCCAAGGUCCCCUGCACCGCCGACGUGAGCGAUGCCGUGCCUUGCGAGGAGAUUUGCUGCCCCGUGUGUGGCAAGUCGUUUCUUUGUCGCUCGGGCUUGGCAAACCACAUGAGCACACACCCCAACGACCCGAUUCAAUGUAAGAAGUGCUGUGAGGUGACGGCCAACUAUGGCGCGUACGUUGACCACCGCUGCGACGGUGCCACAGACCCAAAGGCGGCUGCGGAGGACGGCGAGGCCGUCGCCAAGCCUGGGCCGCCGACCGGGUUCCACGACCUGACGUUUGUGGACUUCUCGACGGGCAAGUUCUCGCUGAUCGCCAAGGCAGUGUGCGAGAGCAAGGUCCGUCGCCCGAGCAGCGCCUACCACGUGUUCGAGUGCGAGCUGUGCAAGCGGGCGUUCCCGUGCGGAAGCGCGUUGCGCCUGCACGCCCAGUCGCACGGUGGCCCCCGCGGCACCUUCUGCCCAAGCUGCAGUUGCGACUUCACCAGCCCCACGUUCCUCGAAAUGCACCAGCUGAAGCACCGCAAGGCAGAGCAGUGCCACUGGGACGAUGUACGCUGCAAUAAGGAGGACUUUUUGGCGUUGUUUGAGCUGCAGACCAACGCGUCGCACGUUGCCAUCCGCGAGGUGACUGCCCGGCCUCGUGCGAAGGAGGAGCACUUUGAGAACUACGCCUACUUCAACGGAACGAAGCAGCGAGAGCCGGAGAGGGAAGCUGGCCAUGACUUUGCAGACAUUCAGUCCAUCAUCUCGGUGACAUCCAAGGCCCCGCUGGCGGCCACUUCUCCGGGCCAGACUGGAGCCUCGCCCCGGCCGGGGUCUCCCCUGGUGGCCGACUCUGCUGCAGCCAGCCCGGAAGAGACUCCUGUCAACACGGUGAAACCGGAUGACUCGGUUGCAACGGACGAGAAUUUGAGCACCGGCUCGCAGGAGGAAAGUCAGCCUCUCUUCACAUGCAAGCUCUGUAAGAUGUCGUUCCGCAGCCUCGGGGUGCUCAGGAAGCACGGGCAGCUGCACUCUCACGGGGUGACGCCUUACGCCUGCAAUGUGUGCUCCUACACGAGCAUGGACAAGAGCACAUUGAUCCGGCACUUGCGGACCCACAAUGGAGAGCGGCCUUUCCAGUGCUCCAUCUGCAAGUAUGCCUUCACGACUAAGGCCAACUGUGAGCGGCACGUGCGCAAGCGCCACAAGAAAAUGACCAAAGGUGAAAUUCGGGGAGCCAUGCAGUACAAUCCCCACAUGGCAGAGCCCUCGCGGGGUGCCUCCGAGGUACUGCCGCCCGAGGUGGGUAGUCUCGAGACAGUCUGCAAGUACUGCAACGUUGACUUCAAGUUCAACCGGGUUCUGCGCCACCACCUGCGCUCAUUGCACAACAGCUGCAGCCGCAAACCCUUCUGCUGCAACAUCUGCAAGCUGGGGUUCUCCACCAAGAACAACUGCAUCCGGCAUGCCCUCAAGCAGCACCCGGACAUGAAAGACAAGCUUGCGCAGGUGGUGGCUGCCAAGCCCAUGGCCCUGAGUGACUCGUCGGAAGAGCUCACGACAGGAAGCCUGGAGGAGAGCCCCAAAAAGGGAACGCUGAGCCCCGCCUCGACCCCUGUCCCACCUCCGCUGACUCCUCCACCGAUCCAGCUUGAAGCCCCUCUGGACGAGACUGAGGUGAUUGAAAUACGAGCGGAGGAGUGCCUAGACCUGUCUUCACAGAGUGCACCCGAGAAGACGGCAGAGCCACUCAACCUCACCUUGAAGCCAGCAAAGGAGCCAAGUGCGGAGGCUUCUGACCUCAACAGCACUGAUGAACGGGUCACAGCUGCAAAGAGCCUUAUGUCCUUAGCUGAGUUGCCCCCACCCCAAGAGGUGCCCCUGGAUCUUGCUGUUCAUGCUCUAGACCUGACCUUGAGGACUUCGGACGAGUCCGCCCUCAUUCUCUAUGUUGAGCCUGCUAGUCACAGCGCUGUUGUUCCAACCCACUCCACCCCAAAGAAGACACCGCCUCUGGGGCGGCCCCCCGUGAAUGGAGUCUCCUCUUCUCGGAACCUGGCCAUCUUGGAGUCGUCGAGUGCCACGGACGACGUCUACAGGAUGACUUACAGGAUGGUCAAUGACAAACUGUCACCAAAGAACCAGAGGUCCUUCAGCUGCAUCUAUUGUUCAGCUGGAUUCACACUUAAGUCAAACAUGGAGAGACAUAUCAAAAGAAAACACCCCGAGUUUGCACGACCGACGCGAAGUCGGAACUUCAUCCCAACACUGAGUAACCCUGGAGUCCCCAAGCCUUUCACGUCGACACUGUCAGAUGAGACGCGGACGGCGCUACGGGUUGUGCUCAAUAGCAAAGCGAGCAAAGUGGCCGACAGUGCCGAGAGCCCGACUCCCGCCACAGGGCAGGAACAAUCAGCUUCCAAGACAGACUUAACUAAAGACGUCGAGGACCUGUCGAACCGAGCCAUUGAGAAUGCGAGCGACGUGAGCGAGGGAUCGGCAGACCUGGCAAGUGUGUUAUCUGUCAUCAACACGGCUAACUCGCAGGUGUUCCACAAGUACCUCCUAGAUGAAAAGGCCCCCACAGAAGAGGCGCAGGAAGUUGCAACGAGGGAACGCAGCGAGAGCGACGGCGGGACGAGCACAACAGAGCAGCGGGAGAAGAAGCGCAGCUCGUACACGGACUCGCCCAACAGCGUUUCGUGCCAGUACUGUUCACGCAAGUUUCCCUGGACGAGCUCCCUCCGCCGCCACAUCCUGACUCACACAGGCCAGAAGCCCUUCAAGUGUGAGCGCUGCCCCAUCUGGUUCACAACCAAGUCCAACUGUGAGCGGCACUAUGUGCGCAAGCACGGUCGCAACGGGGACUUGCUCACGCGCUGCGUGUCGGAGCGGCCCUUCAAGUGCAACGUCUGCCCCAGCAGUACUUUCUCGACACGCGGGAACUUGCGCAAGCACUACUAUCUCAAGCACUGGUCGCGGAACGGCGCCGAUAAGAGUGCCCGCAUGCCAGCCGUCGACGACGACGACCGUGAGGGUUGCGAAGACGAGCACCACCAGGAGGACUCACUCGACGCCAUGGACGAUGCCGGCGAGGGGAGCUCUGACAACGGGAACCAAGACGUGCACGAGUGCCCCGACCGGCUGCACUGCCCGUGCUGCGAGGCCGUCUUCUCGACGGCGCUCGAGGUUGAGGAGCACAUUGGGCAGGUUAUCGAGACCCCUUACAGGUGUCACCUGUGCGACGCAGGCUUUGUCAAGAGGCAGGACUGCCUCGGCCACCUUGAGAGCCAGCACGGGACGGAGCACGACUUUCUGCGGGGGUCCCAGGACGGUGAGCAUGAGGUGGUCAUUGCACACAUGAAGAACCGCUUUGGGGAGUCCGAGGACGACAGCGACGAACUGGGUGGCCGGCCGGGGGACUAUGCGCUGCGGACCAUUGCCUGCGUGUUCUGCCUGCGGCGGUAUGGGUCGACCGACGGGCUCAAGCGGCACGUCCUGAGCUGCCACGAGGGCGAGGACGUGUACGCGUGCGAGGUGUGCGAUCAGAAGUUCCCGUCAAAGAAUGGUGUUGCCCGCCACAAGCGGAAGCACCACGGCCUACCCCCCGUGGAGGGGAGCUCGGACGAGGAAGAGGAACAGCGGCCGCCCCUCCACAAGCAUUCCACGAAAAAGUUGCUCAGCAAGGACAAAAGGAAAGCGGUGGCGGAGGCCCCCGCUACGCAGGCAAAGGACCCUCAGGGUUGCCAAGACAACGAUCUCAUUCAGAACCUCUUGGGCAUCAAGGACUCGAAGAUAAUCGACGAGAUGCUCGACUCUGCCGACUCGGCGGCCAGGCUUCUCGGCGUCAAGCAGAUUUGACUCUGGAACCGCGUGCGAGAGCUGCUUGUACAUUGACGGGAGUCGGGCGUGUGUGGUUGUGUUGGUUUGCUUACUUUACAAAAGCAAUAGGUUGCCCAUAGCACCGAGCCAUUCCCAGGAGCUAACGAGGGACUGUAAAUCUGUAUAGACACAUUAGCUGAUUGUUCAUGCAAGUCAUUUUACUGCUCAAAACUUAACUUGUGUAUUUGUUAUGAGUUCCUUGGGGUCAAAGUUGAUACACACACUCUUUUGGUAGUCAGAAGAGACAGCAGUAGUCUGGGCAGUUCUGUUGUGUGAUACAUCAUUGCACCGAGCUAGGAGGCCAAGGCCGGCCGUCUGGCUUGCUUUUCUCGACGUCCAUUUUAACUCCAACCCAAGCCACUGUCCGAUAACCUUUUUGUUUUGUUUCUUGCACAAAUUGUAAAUAUUUGCACCCUCUGUGAUUUUAGAUGUCCAAAUGUGUGUAUGUGGAAAGACAGGUUACAAUAGCAAUAUAGUCAAAGAAUUUUGUGUGUCACUCAAAGAGCAAACACAAUCAAGAGAAUGCAUUCCACGCUUAACCAUAGCGAAUCACUAGUACAAUAAGUAACAAAGUGCUUGAGAAGAGCUGUAAUUGCUAUCCUUGCAUUGCUUGCCCUCUAGUUUUAGUGUACAUAGUUUGAUAUUUUGCAGCCAUCAGGGACCAAGUUAUUGGAGCAUAUCAGUGGACCUGUGGGACCAUUUGUUGACAAUACCUUUGCAAGCACCAUCAAAGUUUACUCCCGUCAGGAACUCGACAUAUCAGCUACAUUCCCAGUCAACGUAUGCGCAGGACCCCUUGCCGGGCGUUCGCAGUUGCUGCCUGUGUGAGUGCAGGCCCCGAGCACGGCUGCACUCGUUGCCGGGCUGGUCUGCAACUUUUGCCUUGAACGAAAAUAGUCUACGGUGCUUAUUCCAAACAUGCACUGCAGAGGAAAUAGAGAUAGGCCCACAUUCCAUACUUCUGGGCAAGCAUUGUGUAUUUUUUAAAUGUCUGUAAUUUAUAUGCAUCUUCAUAUACACACUUGCACCAAACAGUGCUGUAGAGCUGCACCACACAUUGCUGCCUUGUACGCUUGCCGCUAUGCAAACUCACGCGCCGCUCUCUUAGUGCCUUUCACAUGCUGCUGCUGUGUUCAGAGUAGUUGAUGCAUUCAGGAAAGUUCCUUUGCCUUUACUCACUGUUGCCGUGCGCUGUGCUUUGCAUCCAGGUGCUCCCGCUUGUCCUGUUGUUGUUGACCCACAUGACGCGCCGUCCGCUUCAAAGCUUCCAACAAACGACACCUUUCCACAUGUGCAUUAUUUACAAACGCCACCGUCCAGGCAUUGCCCACUGGUGCAGUGUUUUGGGCCAUAGCAAAUGCUGUGAGCAUUCCAGUUUUUAGAAACUACUGAAAGACAAUAAUUCUCCACAACCUGUUGCUGAAGUGACGAUGGCAAGACCAAACAGUUGAAAUGGUGUUACACAUUCCUGAAUUUUCUUUUUUUUUUUACAAUGAGACAAAUGUGCAAAGCACACCCAUGCUAAAAAGAUUUGAAUGGGUGAUUGGGGCUAGGCUUUUUUUAAAUUAUUAUUAUUGCACAUGACACAUUUUACUGAAUGCUUUCCAGUUUGUGGAACAAGCUGUAAGGAUGUAAUCCGGCAUUGAAAAUUUAGACAACUGGAACUGAUUUGUUCCUUGCUGGUGUAACUUGGCAUUGCAAAUGCAGUAAGACUGGAAAAAAUUUGUUACAUGCCUGUUUGGAGGUUGUGCCUGUAGCCAGAAAGAGAUCACAUUCUGCGAGUGUCCGUUUCUGACGUGUUUCCCCCAAAGUGCACUGCCGCUGCUUGACUCUGCCUUGUACUUAAGGUUAUCCAGCUUUUUUGCUAUUGCUUCUGUCGAGAAUGUGAAAUGCUGUAAAAUUGGACACCAAACAAACCUUGUACUUAUUGAAUUUGAUGAAAUCAAGUGGAACUUGCAGACCCCCACUGUUCAUUGUGUGCUCACAUGUGAUUCAUGUGUCACAUUGCAAAUCUCGUGCACCAACAUUCACACAUCGACCUAAACAUUCUGCCUUGCUUGAGUGCCUAUGAGUUUUAAUAUGCAGUCAUCCAAGAUUGCAAGACUAGUCGCACUUUUGCUGUUUUUUUUUACACUAUUGCCUACAGCCACUGAGUAUCUUACUUCACUGUAUUUUUGUUGACAGCAUAUACAUAAUGCCUAUGAAUAUAUACAUAAUGUAUAAUUUUAGAGGUCGGCAGAUGAUGCUGACAAGUUUUUGAUUUUAUGGACAAAAUGUGUCUGUUUGUUUGUUUGGCAAUAAAUGCGUUUAUACAAAACA